AUGGCAGACACCCAGGAGGAUGUCCCCAUGGACACGCAAGACAUUGAGCUCGAGACGCCUCUCUCCGACGUCUUCAUGCCGCCGUCAAUCUCCAAGUCGGAUAUCCUGGGUGGUAGUUCCUAUUCGUACUUUUCGCCCAUCCCCGAGCAGAUUGCACAAGACAUGUCGCGCGAAGUUGUACUAGGCGUCGACGAGGCGGGAAGAGGCCCCGUAUUGGGCCCCAUGGUAUACGCCCUCUUCUACCUACCCAUUGAGAUGCACCACUCCCUCCUCGCCGAGACGCACCACUUUGACGACUCCAAAGUCCUCAAGGCCGACGUCCGAUCCAAUCUCAUGCGCACGCUCUGCACGCAGGGCACCGAUCUGUACGAAGCCGGCGGGUGGGCCACAAGGCUGUUAUCCGCCCAAGACAUUUCGGCGCACAUGCUCUCGCCGUCUGUCUACAACCUCAAUGCCCAGGCCAUGGAUGCGACGAUUGAUCUGAUCAAGGGGGUGCUGGCAAAGGGCGUCAACGUCAAGGAGAUCUACAUUGACACCAUCGGCAAACCCGAAAUCUACCAGAAGAAGUUGGAGAGAAUAUGGCCCACCAUCAGCAUCACCGUCGCAAAGAAAGCCGACAGUCUGUAUCCAGUCGUCAGCGCAGCAUCGGUUUGCGCAAAGGUGACGCGUGACGCCGCACUCGACGUGUGCUACGAGCCCUAUCACCACCGCGACGCGGAUGCUGCCGACGGUGCACAAGUCCACGUUGCAUGGGGAUCGGGAUAUCCGUCGGAUGCGCGGACAUCAGCAUGGAUGAAGCAGAACAUGGACCCGCUCUUUGGCUGGGGUAGCGAGACUCGCUUUUCCUGGGGCACGGCCAAGGAGUUGCUCGAAGGGAACAAGGCUGACGUCAGUAUCGACUGGCCUGACCACGACGACGGCAACGGCAUGCGCAUGACGGACUUUUUCAACGGCCAAAACGAUGCUGCCGGAGAUGAACUCGUCGACUGGUUUGGGAAGCGUGUGACGGAGGAAAUGGAGGUGUUUUGA